AAUAGAGAACACAACGUUUCGGACUCUCGUCGGGCUAACAACUUUGAGAAUUGUUUUUUUACCUUCUCGGAAUACAAACUGUAUAUCCACACAUAAAUCAACAAGAAUAUACUCGGUAAAACUACAAAAUUCGCAACUGAGUCUAACUAGAGGAUAAAUUAUAACAACAGGAUAAGCUCUCGACCAACAGAAUUAGGCACGUCACGGAGCGUCCCUUAAGCCAGUUAGCAUGGAGUGCUUGUUAUCGGAAGAGGCCAAGGAGCAAAAGCGGAUCAAUCAGGAAAUCGAGAAACAGCUGCGGCGCGACAAGCGAGAUGCACGCCGUGAACUUAAACUGCUCCUACUGGGUACUGGUGAAUCGGGAAAGUCAACUUUCAUCAAACAGAUGCGUAUUAUCCAUGGCAGCGGCUACUCGGACGAUGACAAACGCGGCUACAUCAAACUGGUCUACCAAAACAUAUUCAUGGCCAUGCAGUCCAUGAUCAAGGCCAUGGAUAUGCUCAAAAUAGAAUAUGGUGGUGCAGAGAUUCGCGAAUAUGCUGAGCUGGUGAUGAGCAUUGACUAUGAAUCGGUUACAAGGUUCGAGGAUCCAUAUUUGAAUGGCAUCAAAUGUCUGUGGGCCGAUGCUGGCAUCCAGGAGUGCUACGAUCGCCGAAGAGAAUAUCAGCUGACAGAUUCAGCCAAAUACUAUCUGAGCGAUUUGGAGCGAAUUGAACAGGCUGAUUAUUUGCCCACGGAGCAGGAUAUUUUGCGUGCUCGUGUGCCCACAACUGGAAUACUGGAGUAUCCAUUCGAUCUGGAUGGCAUUGUAUUCAGAAUGGUGGAUGUUGGCGGUCAGCGUUCGGAGCGAAGAAAGUGGAUUCAUUGCUUUGAGAAUGUGACCUCGAUUAUAUUUUUGGUCGCGCUAUCUGAAUACGAUCAGAUCUUGUUUGAAUCUGAUAAUGAGAACCGCAUGGAGGAAUCAAAAGCUUUGUUUUGCACUAUUAUUACAUAUCCGUGGUUCCAAAACUCAUCGAUUAUUCUCUUUCUAAACAAGAAAGAUUUGUUAGAGGAGAAAAUCAUGAUUUCGCAUAUGGUCGACUAUUUUCCAGAAUUUGAUGGUCCAAAACAAGACCAUGCAGCGGCAAAACAGUUUGUGUUGAAAAAAUACUUGGCCUGCAAUCCCGAUCCAGAGCGUCAAUGUUAUUCGCAUUUCACAACAGCCACAGAUACCGAAAACAUCAAACUUGUGUUCUGCGCUGUCAAAGAUACAAUUAUGCAAAAUGCACUUAAGGAAUUCAAUUUGGGUUAACUGUAUUCCGACGUGGAAUUUCUUAGAAAAAACGAUCGUUAGCAACAGAGUGCCUUCCUAAACAUAUGAUCUACUGUUUGUUUUGUGAAAUGUAUUUGCAAAUAAAUUCCAAUUUUAAAUAAAUAU